AUGAGUCGCGACGAGAUGGAGACUGCCAACGGCUUCGACGAGGUAGCUGAUGCACGACCUACAACGGAGGAAGAGAGAAAGGAAGAGGAUAAGAAGGAGAGGAAGCGACUGAAAACCUUAAGGAAGCUGGACAAGAAGAGGAGGAGGCAGAGCCAACAGGCGCCAGAUUCGUCGAUGAUGGACUCUUCUCUGAUGGGCUCUUCGAUCAUGGAGGAGUAUGCUGCCCCGGAAAUGGCGGCAGAAGUAGAAGAGAAGAACCCUGCACAUGCGCUCCCGUCGAGCAAUGGUACCAAUGGACAUGUGAAAGAGAUGCAGGAGCAGGAGCAGAAGGAGCCUGUGGAGGAAGCAAAAUCCAAACAAUCCCGGAGAGGCGCCCGGUCCAGAAAAAGACGAUCGAAGGCUGAAGCGGCCGGGACCAGCGCCAUCGAUAAUACCCCACAACCUGCGGAACCCAUGAAUUACGAAAUAGAAAGCGAAGAUAUUGUGUCUGCGAUGAAGAAGGGUCGUUUGGCCAAGAGUCAGAGCACAGAGGCGAAGGUCAAGAAGUCAAAAAAGUCUAAGAAAUCGAAUCCGGAAUCGGAGGUUCAGCCAACCCUUGAUGAGGGAGAAGGCGCUGCUGUCAUGAACGCUCAAGAUCAGUCUAACAACCUAGGUCAAACCCCAGGUAAGAUCAAGAAGGCAAAACAAAGAUCGCAUAGGUCCCCCCACAAGCAGUCGCAGAACAAUGCUGCGACCGACGAGGACGACUCUGCCUCUAACUUGUACCCAUCCCACAAGCCUGCUCCUUACAACCUAUCAGCAUCCCACUCAGCUGUUCAGGAAGAUACCUCUGAGGUAGAAGCCCGGAUUCAAAACAGUGCCGAGCUAUUAGCACUCGAAGAGGCAGCAAACGAAGAAUCGGCACCUAAAGGACCUUCAAAGAAAGCUUUAGGCAAGAGAAAAGUUUCUGAUACGGCGAUGGGAUCAAAUUCUAAGCGCAGAAAAUCCAAGGUUAAGGCAGCAGAAACGGCCGAGUCGACCGAGUACGACUUCAUCUUAUCACAGAUUGCCCCCGUCGCAAACGAUGCACCGGAACCAAGACCACGCAGCAGGUCUCAUUCCGUUUCGAGCCAAUCACUGACGAAACUUGGUGAAACUGCUGCCCGGCUCUAUGCAAGCCAGAUGGAAAAUAAGAGGUAUUCGCCUGCUCCUUCGGAUGCCAGCUCGCUAGGACCCCCACCUUCCAGCACUUACAUGGCAUCAAAUAUGGCAUCGAGUCUGCAACGGAGAUCUACCCCGAUAUUUACACCUAUUAACAAGCUUCAAUCCACUGCUUCACACAUCAAACCCCCAGAGGGAAAUCCUGAUGAGCCUCCCUCACCACAGCCGGAACCGUCGCAACCGGAACCGGAACCGGAACCGGAAUCGGAACCGUCGGUUGAAAUACCAGCGCAGACUCCCAAAGCUGUCCAACCCCGGAAACGUGGCCUUCCUGCUGGUAAGCCGGAGUCGUCACAGGCCAAGACCAAGGCUAAGAGGAAGACGUUGAGCCGAGAGAGCAGUGCUGCUAAAACACCUAAAGCCAAAACGCUUAAGAAUCCGGUCACUAGCCAGGUCACUCCCUUACCAAAGGGGGCACGUCUUCCCGAUGAUGAUGCUCGUGCCAUCGAAGCUGCUGUCCAGUCGUACAGAGAUAUGAACGACCUCGAGCAGAGGGAUAUGAACGCCAUUAUUCAAGAUGAUGCUUCCAAAUCGAAAAACAGACAGUUCUGGACGCACAUGUAUGAAGAAGUUCCGAACCUACCACAAGUCAAGAUUCUCAAUCGGUGCCGUCGCCAGUUCCACAACUUCGAAGCACGCGGAUCGUGGACCGAGGAGCAGGACCAGGACUUGAAAGAUGCUUAUGAGAGACGUCCGGGCAAGUGGAAGCUAAUUGGUGCAGAGCUCAAUCGAUUUCCAGAAGAUUGUCGCGAUCGCUGGAGGAACUACUUGGUGUGUGGAGACAAUCAGGUAAAGGUUUCCUGGGAUCUCAGGGAAGAGGAGAAGCUGAGGAGGGUGGUGGAGGGAAUUGCGAAAGGUUUGAGGGCCGAUAAGCAAUUCAAAUCUUCGACGGACAUCUACAGCUUUAUGGAUUGGCAACGAGUCAGUGCCGAAAUGGGCCAUAAACGGAGUCGACUUCAAUGUCAGAUCAAGUGGAAGAAAAUUCAAAAGCGAGAGGAGGAGGAACCCGAAAGCCCGGGAGAGCAAGAUCUCGUGCCUAUAGCCAAACCCGGAUGGCGCCUUGAGAGCGCCGAGGCGGACGCUAAUUCAAUGCUUCCGGGGGAGAAACUCCAAAUGCUGUACCAGAUCAGGGACACCAAGGCCGGGAGGCAAAAAUCGAUUCCGUGGUACCAAAUUCAACAAGAACUCGGGACUUCUGGGAGAAGAAUGGCCUUCAAGAUUGCACUUAGGAGUAUGAAGGAGCUCAUCGAAGAUCACGAGUCCAUGAAACUUCAGGAAGUCGUGUCAGCCCUCAUCGACUUGUAUGAAAGUGCUGCUCCUGAGGAGCCGGACAUCAUGAGGGGUUUAAGGAUAGGCAAAUCUAAGCGCAAGAGAAAAUAUGUGUCCGAGGAUGACAACGGCGAAGAAUCAAACACAAUCAAAAAGAAGCGAAAGUCCAGUAAGACAGAGAGCUUCAGCGCCAAUGGUGAAGGUGCCAGUACUGCUGCAACGGCUGAGAUGAAAGAUGAUAACGACAAGACGCCUCCGGUUUCGGCCAAGCGACCCAAAAAGCUACGAUCACGCAUGAAAGCUCAGAAUUCAACUGAGAGCCAGGAAACAAAUGAUCAUGUAUCCGAUGCCGGCGGUGAUGAUAUUGGUCCUGCUUCCCAGGCCAUUAAGAAAAGCAAGUCCACGCGCAAAUCCCCUGGCCAGAAAGCAAAGAAGCCUAUUACCAAAGCAAGGACUUCGAAGCGGCCUCCUCUGAGUGAGUAUCGGGUGGUGGAAAGCGAGGAUGAGGAGCAGGUGGUUAUGGAAGACCCGAUACCGAACCCAGCGCGUGAGCAUGCCGUUCAACCCGAAAAUGAAGUUCAACCUGACGACGAGGUGCAGCAGGAGGAAGAUGAAGAUGCACCAUUAGACGAAAAUGAUCCGCAAGAUGACGAGAGCCGCCCUUACCUGGAUAUUCCCCCGCCAGACGAACCAGAAAUCCCGGAGUCGGAACACGAGAUGGACAACGGCUUUCAGUCAGGACAAAAUGGCUAUAUGAUGUAUGAAGACGAAGAGGACAUCGAGGACGAUGAGUAUGACUACACUCGCAUCACCCAUGAUCAAGAGAGCGUCGAUCUCGGUGAUUCUCAUUCUAUCGUUGCAAAUGGAUUCAAUAACGGCAGCUCUGAUGAGAUGGACAGUGUCGAAGAGAAUAUCCACCUUCGACUCGGCAGAGAAGAGAGUGUAGAUCUUGACACCCCACGGAAGCAGGCGUCGUAUCCCGUGACGCACUCCGGGGAAGACGAUGAUAAAUUUGGACUUGGGGUCAAUGGCUUCAACAACCGCUAUGUGAGAACGGGGUCCAUCAGUUCUGAUGCAAGCAGUAUCCCAGCUGUGGCUUUCGAGGGACAGAAGGGGCGGGCGAGGGUGAAAAGUAUGGAGUUGUGA